UCGAGACUGGUGGUUUUUCCGAUCAUCCGCAACUUCAGCCAGGUUGAAAAUGCUACUACUAUCAAUCCAUUGUGACCUUGUCUGUGCUGCAAGCUCAGUAUGUCAACCUCGGCAUCCAAGGCAGCUGCUUCAGAGUCUACUCAGAGUGGUAGCUAUACUCUCCUUGUGACAGUAGGAUCGACUCUUUUCCCAGAAUUGACAAAUUGUAUCCUCUCUUCGGCCAUACUGUCUAUCCUGCCUUCGCUGGGGAUCAAACUAGUCAACGUACAGUAUGGGAAGGCGGAUCUGCUGGCACAUGAAGAGAUUGAAGAUCUAGAGAUCGAUGCGCAGGGCAGUGGGGAGUUUACCUGGACAGACUACAAUGGCGCUGGACAAGUCAAUGUACACGUCUUUCGAUAUACGAACGAUCUGUCAAAGUUGAUCAAGGAAUCGGACGCUGUGAUAUCUCAUGCAGGAUCUGGAUCUAUUCUUGAAGUGAUACGGUCCAAACCGCUCUUGGUGGUUCCCAAUUCCAGCCUGAUGGACAAUCAUCAGGCCCAACUUGCAGAUGCUCUGGGAGAUCAAGGCUACCUUAUCUCCUCGACUGUAGAGCAGCUGGACUCCAAGCUGGCGCUGCUCGUCAAGAGCAUAAAGCAGCCUUUGAAACCAUUCCCCGCGCUCGACAAGGCAAGAUUUCCGGUCAUCGUGGAUCAGACAAUGGGCUUCGAAUGAUCAGUAACCAAGUUUUACUUGUCGAAAAUGUGUCUCGUAGCCAUCUAUACGACCUAACAGCCUCGAGGAUCCAGGUCCCUGUCCAAUUACAGGCGACCUUGACAAGUCGGCGUCUCGCUUGAACAAGAGCCGGCAGCCGGGCACCAGUCCGAACCGAAAGAGGCCUCAGCGUGGCGUGAAAGCUGUUGCCCAUCAUG